UUGCAACUUUUUUUGAAACGGCAUUGUUUUGUCCCUUUUCUGUCUUGGUACUCAAAACAAAGGUAUGUAAGCUACCUUACAUAAAACUCUUGGGGGAAAUGAAGCAACAUGUCUAAGGGUACACAACUCGAAUGGAACCACUGUUCAUGCCCUGUCAAACUUCAUGCAAAGCCUAUGGCAGAAAAGGCUCUUUUUCUGUGGGGUUCGUGGGAGAGGAGCCGAAGUUAGACCCCACAGUUAUGGGGGUAAUCGAUAGGUCCAUAUAUGCAACUCCGAUCAAUCAACCAAUUGGACAAAUUUUACCAUCAUGGUAAUGUAGGGCCUAUACUGUACAUGUAUGUACAUGUACGUGAUGUAAACACAAGCUCACAAGCUUCAACUGCAUCACGCAUGUCUAUACUAUCCUAGUAUUAACAUGGCCAGGCUAGCUAUAAUGUGUUUACCUUUAUCCGUGGCAUUCGGCGGUGCAAGGUACAUGUAAACCCAUGACAGGACGCCUGGCCCACAAUGUACUAGUCCACAAUACAUUUACAUCAUACGAAUUUAAAUUUGUAAACAAAACAAUGAACUAUUGUGAAAGAUUGCAAACAAAUGAAUGUUUCAAAAUGGCGGCGCCCAUGCUAUUCACGAUUUUUCUCGGCGUUGCCGUUAGAAUUGUUCUCUUUAACUCUUCCUUGGCUUCGUGGCUAGCAGAAAGAGUAGAAAUAUCGACGCCUUUAACAUCGUGGAAAUCAGUGAUAGAAGGAAUUACUCUUCUGCAGAAUGGCAUCUCUCCCUAUGCAGGUGAUGUAUUUCAUGAGACACCUUUUGUACUGUACUUCUUCCACCACCUGUUGUCAGCGAGCCCGCGGCUGGUACCUGUCGUCUUUGUUCUACUGGACCUCAUUACUGCCUGGCUGCUUUAUGCUGGCGCAGGUCACUGCCUGAAGUAUCUUCUUUUAACUCAGUCAAAGGAGAGUGGGAUGUUCUCUAAGGAUGCAGACAGGCUGCUCAUAAAGAAAUCAGAUAUAUACAACUUGCCUAGGCUCGUAGCUUCAAUUUACUUGUUGAAUCCAUACACCGUAGUCACCUGCGUGGGUCAGUCAACCCUUGUCAUGACUCACCUAGCAGUCGCUGCAGUCUUUCUGUUUACGACCAGAGGGUACAGACUCGCAGCCGCAUUUGCCUUAGCGGCAGCAACGUACCAAUCUUUGUACCCAGCCAUGAUGGUCGUGCCUUGUGCAAUGCAUCUGGUCAACUUGAAGGCACAGGCCAGAUCCUCCACCGUGUCCUACCUCAGCCCUCCCUCUGUUAAGUCUUACCUGACCACCGCUGUGAUGUUUCUGUUCUGGCUGGGCUGCCUGCAUGGACUCUCCUUCCUCAUGUUGGAGUCUUGGGACUUUCUCUUCUCCACCUACGGCUGCAUACUGAUGGUGCCAAACCUGACCCCAAACAUGGGACUGUUCUGGUACUUUUUCACUGAGAUGUUUGAGCAUUUCCGCUACUUUUUCUUGUGGGUCUACCAGAUCAAUGUCUUCAUCUACACGGCUCCAUUAGCUAUCAAACUGAGGAAGCACCCACUCUUCAUGAUGUACAUCCAGUGCAUCAUCAUGGCCAUCUUCAAGUCCUACCCAGCAUUUGGCGAUACCUCCGUCUAUCUCGCCCUGCUUCCUGUCUGGUCCCACGCCUUCUACUAUCUACGUAACACCUUGGUGGUAGGCGUCAUGUUUGUCCUGUCCUCCGUCUUGGCACCCAUCCUCUGGCAGCUGUGGAUCUACUCGGGCAGUGCCAACGCCAACUUCUUCUUUGCUUUCACACUCGUGUACAACACGGCACAAAUAUUUCUUGCCACCGACGUCCUGUAUGCCUUCUUGAAGAGGGAAUUUGCUCUCAUUCAUGGAAUGAAGCCAGUCGACAAGGACGGAAAUGCUCAGCAGGCAGUACUGCAGUAACCAUAAGCCAGACAAUGCCUUUGUAGAUAUUCUGUUGUAGAUAUUUCCACAAAUGCACAUCGAAAAAAUCCAGAACUGAUGGGCAUUUUUUUAAAUGUCGAUUGAGAUCCAAAACACUCUAACCAUGCACUUGUUUAAUACUUUUUGAAUUUAAAAUAACUAAUUGUAUUUCCAUAAGUUGAGUGGGGAGUUUGUAUACCAAGAAACUACAGGAAAAAAAGAAUGGUCCUGAAUGCAUCAAUCGUUUCAGUCUAAGUUCAAGAUGGGACUGU